AUGUCUAAUGAUGGAGAUCAAAUUUAUAUUGAUUAUGCACAAGGAAGACCUUAUAUGGAAUGCCAGAAUGUGACACAAUCAGCAUGUUCUAUCGAGCUAACAAAAUCGGUUUCAUUUCAUGGCAUUAAUGGAAAAGCUGAAAUUCAAUGCACGAAAAGUUGCAAGUUUUUCAAGAUAAUGAGCUCAAGUUUUUAUACAACAAAAAUCAAAUUCUUGGACUUAGUCAUAUCAAGUUCAGAGACUGUAGCUGAACUUGAUGUGGGAGCCAGGUCGAAAUUAGUAUUUCAGAAUGCCCUGAUUAGGGAAACCUUUCAUGGAAUAUACAGCAAACGUUCCACUGACUGCUCCAUUCUGAUAACCAACUCAAGAUUUGAGCAUAAUUUCAACUGGGGAAUUUACCUGCGAUGUCAAAAUCUCACUAUGCAAAUAAAAUCUAGUACCUUCAAAUCAAGCCCUUUGUUUAUAACAAACAUUGGUAACAAGCCUACACUUUGGCAAAAAACAGAGCUUUUCUUUCGUAGUACGGUAUUUGAUUUUCAAAAUACUCCACGGUGCGUCGAUAUGGUCGCAAUAAAGCCGUUUGCAGCUAUACUUAAUGUCACAAUUAUUGAAUCACGGUUUAAAAAUCAUAUUGCGAUUUGCCGACCCAAAGAUCACAUUUCUACAUUACACAUCUGCGACUCUUACUCAAAAGUCCGUAAUAUAACAUUUAUAUUUCUGAGCAAUCUAGUAAUCGAAAAUAACUGCAACAACUGGGCUACACUUCCAUUAACUGUAGUCUAUUUCAGCUACACUAAAGUAAAAGUUAUGAUACGUGACAGCAUUUUCAGAAAUAAUUCGGCCGCACUUCAUCUUCGGGUCCUCGUUUCCCAUUCUCCAACGACGCUAACAUUGUUUAUUGAGAAUAACACGUUCGUUGAUAAUACAUACGAACAGUUUAGUACACCUAAUGGCGCAGCGGCAAUUUACUUUGCCACUGGUAUAAGCCGAGUAUCAUCGUGUCGUUUCCUUGACAACAAAGCAGGUGAAAAUCCCUACACAGGCGUGGUGACAAUUUCUGAAAAGGCGAGAGUUACCUUCUAUAAUUCUUAUUUCGAAAACCGGCAGACUAAAGUGCCAUCGAACCAGUUGUUUGCGUCAGAAAACCAGCCGCUUUAUUUUGUUGGCGAAAAUACGUUUAAUUUAGUUGCUUUGAACGAAGGACAAUCUGUAUUUAUUCGUAUACCGACUGGCACGGGUAGUGGGAUGAUUAUUAAGAAAAACUUUAAGAUCUUAUGCCCGCAAGGCUACAAAUUGAAUCCACAGCGACAGUGCAUGGUCAUCAAAACUGGAAUCCUUUGUUACUAUGUUAAUGUUCGAUGUGAGCAGUGUCCAACGAAAACUUACACACUAGAAAGAGGCGAGCUUACUUUCAACAAAAGCAACGAUAUUCAAUGUCGACAAUGUCCUAGAGGCGGGGACUGUGAGAGAGGCGUGGUAACAGCCAAACCCAACUUUUGGGGUUAUAAAACAAGGGUGAAUGUCGUUUUUGUUCAAUGUCCAGCAGGGUACUGUUGCGAGACUAAGGACUGUCCGUUCAAUGAUAGUUGCCAUGGAAACAGAUCUGAUACACUUUGUGGCCAAUGUCCAGAAGGAAUGUCAGAAAGUUUGUUCACCACACAAUGUAUUUCCAACAUGGAAUGCACCUUAAAUUAUUUCUUUGUCCUUGGCACAAUUGGACUACUUGUUCUAUAUCUUGUGUUCUUUCUCUACCAUAAGGAAAUCGUGAGUUUUCUGCUAACAAGCCUAUUUAACAAGCAAUUGUUGUUCUCGUCACCCAGUGGGAGGAUUAAGAUAUUCUUCUAUUACUAUCAAGUUUGCAAUUUACUUAGAAGCUCUGUAGCUUCUUCUAAAAAGAGUCAGUUCAUUCAUUAUUUUGAAAAUAUUAUCACAAGGGUAAUGAACAUGGUUCUAGUUAAUGUUCCAUCUUUUAAUUGUCCUUUCAGAAACUUUCGUGCUGUUCCCAAGGCAGUCAUACUUCAUUCGGUGGGUUUUUGUCUCUUGGGUCUUCUUUGUAUUCUUUAUUUGGUAAGCAAAUUGUUUCUAAUCUUAAGAAACUUUAA